UGUCCGCGGUGCUGAACCGCAAAAAAACAAAAACACGCAAAAACUAGUACAGCAUCACGCGCCGCGCGUUCAUGUGCAGACCACAAACGACAUAUUUCACAUGUGCCCAAAAAAGCGGAGCGUGAACCAAAGUAGGUGCGCUUUUUCGGGGGGGGAAGAAACUUUUUUUUUCUUCUUCAGUUCUGAAUGAAAUUAAGGAGCGAGAGCAGCGCUUAAACUUCACGCGUUUUAGACACGAAGAGGCGCUGAGACGGGCUUCAGAGUUCCGGCUGAUUUCGUGCGGGAUUGCAGGUGCUUGCCCUGUCCCCCUCUCCCCCGGCCUAUCUGGUCUGCUCUGCAUGGUCAUGAUCUGCUGCCAUACUUCCUGCAGUACCUCUGCUCUAUUGCUACUCCUGCUCAGCAUUGCCCCACAGUUGCCCACUGCUGCCCCACUGCUUACUGAGAGCUCUCUCACUCGCACCAGCAAUGAGACCCUUCAGCUGGUGCACCAGGACCUGGCCGUGGCGUAUGGAGCAGCCAGAACACACAGGAAAGUGGAUAGGGAUUUCCAGACCCCCACAGGACAGGGCCAUCUCACAGACAUGGAUUCUGCGAGGGCACUAGCUUCUGUCUUGCUGGAGGCUCUUGACCACCAAACCAGAGAUGAGGUGAUAGGUGGCCGGUUGGAGACAGAGGAGUAUGUGGGGAAGGAGCCUGGGCAGGAGCCGGAGAUGUCGAGGGAUCAGGAUGAAAGCAGGGAAGGAAGGGUAGACGAGGAGAACGUAAAGGUGUUACAAUCUGGAGGGACCAAAUCUACUGUGGAUGAGCAGAUGGGAGAAGAAGAAAAGGUAGAAUUAACAGAGGCACGACUUUCUGAUGAGAAUGACACAGGGAACAACGAAAGCACAUUUGAGGGAAAGGAAGAGCUUCUGCAGAGCUUACUCAGUAGGAAAACAGAGAUUCCACCUCAAAUUGCCAGCUCACUUCAGCGUAAAACCAGGGGCUACUUCCAAAACAUUGACCUUGGUCUGCAGGACAAUGAGAUCCUCCCACCUCUAAAGGGUUACAAAGCUUAUAACCAGCAACUGGCUCUGGCCACCAAGAAGCUCAAGUGGCAGCAAGAGAAUGAGAGAAACCCUUCCCAGCUCGACCGGAACUUCAUGGAUGAUUUUGACUUCAUUGAGGAGGAGGAAGAGGUCCUCCCCCGUGAGGAGGAAGAGGCGAGGGCACGAGCUGAGCAGGAAGAGGUGCGGAGGCAGGAGGCAGAGGCACAGGAGGCGCGUGAAGAGGAGCAGAGAUUGGCAGACAUCGCUUCGGACAUGCUUCUGCAGUACAUGGGCAGAAAACAGAAAGCAGCCUCUUAUAUAAAAGACAUGAAGAAAGCUUCGUUGUUUAACAAUGUGGCUGAGGACAAACGUUCAAAUGAAGUAGAGGACAGUGAUGAUGAUGAAAUGGACCCAGAGACUAUUGACAAGCUGAUCGAAAUCUCUAGUAAGCUGCACCUACCUGCUGAUGAUGUGGUUGAGAUCAUAACAGAUGUGGAAGAGAAGAAGAAGAGGAAGGACUCACCUCCCGUCAAUGCUCCUCGUUUCCGUCCAUUAGUCCCCCUUAAAGCCAAGCAAAGGGCUCCUGUUUAUCAAUACCCAAAAUCCCCAAAGAAAUCUGCCCACAAGGUGAACCCAUAUAAGAAAUGGUACAAGGACAAAAGCAAAGCAAAGUUCAACAAGCAGGACUACUGGUUUAAACCACAGAAGCAGUUACUAGCAUAUCCUUCCUUUCCUUAUUACCAGAAGCCAUAUCGAGCCUAUUACCCUGUUUACUUUCCACCUCCCAAACCACGCUUCUACACAAAUCCUGCCCUGUCUUUUGAUUACAACUUUGGGGGCUCCAUGGGUUAUGGGUUCAAACCCCCUAAGCGCAGAUACAGGGACAGGGCCAAGGUAAGGGAGCGAAACUGGGCACAGGGUGCUCGCCAGCCCCAGAGCCCCUUCCCUUUAGUGGACACAGUAAUUUCUAACUACAUCCUCCCUCAUCCCCGAACUUACCAGACCCUACCUGUGCCCAAACCCCGCUCUCCCCCGAGUGCAGCAGCACCCAACUUCUUUUACCACCCAGACUAUGCUUACGAUGAGCCAGAGCCAGUGCCAGACAGCGAUGAUGAGCUGGAGAACUUCAUUGAGAAGAUUUAUUACAACCGCAGGUUGUUUUAGAGACCCGGAGGAAAACCGGUGAUAUUCUAUAGCGAUGAAAAAGAGUGAGGAGAACAAAGAGGAAACCCGAGCAACUGACGGGCAUGAUGUUAGGGGCUGAGAAAGGACUAAUUCUAUGUUACUUCUCCACUCUUGUUUUUAAAACAUUCCAGGUCAGGCCAGAAAGCGAUGUUAAUGAGGUUAUUAACCCUCUAUGUGUGUUUGCAUUCCGCUCCUCUCGCAGUUUACAUUUUCAUUUGGUGAGAGAACUUACGGGUGAAUUUGUCAGGUUUCAUUCAGGUAUGGUUUUACUCUUGCAUGUCAAAAACAUUUUACGUGCCAACUGCAAGAGACCCAUGUUUACAGAAAGAUUUUCUUUUGUUUUGGUCUAAUGUGAUUGGUUAAUUAAUGCGAUCUAAAUAAAGGUCUAAGCUUGGAGCUGAAAUCUUGAAUCACUUGGCACUGCAGGGCACAUCUUAUAGCUUUCUUCUAGUUCUGUAACUACAGUCAAACGAGUAUCACUAUUGACCCAUCUUUUUCAUAGGCUCUGUUUAGGUGUGAUUAUCAAUGCUCCUAUUGCCUUAAUAUGGAUCUGUUUAACUCAUGUGCAUGCAGGUCUUGCACCAGAGAAAACAACUUUAUGUGAAACAAAAAAAACUAAUAGCCACCACAAACAAUACUUGAACGAAAUUUCUUCCAUUUUGUUUAAAGGAAUGCAAAAUGGUGGGUGUCUUUCAUAGAUACGUGCCCUGUUAUGGUAGUCUUUUGCUAUUCUUUUCCCAUGCCAAUGAUUUUCUGUACACUUCACAUAUCUUUUUCUUAUUGUCAAAUUUUGAAGGUUUUAAAACACCUUUAUUACGAUGGUGGGUUACGGGGUUACCUCUAGCAUUCUAUCAACACACUGUAUCUUCUUCUUGAGGGUAAAAUGAAAGCUGUAUAUAUUAUGUCUAUUCUAAAGAAGUUUUAAAAAGUUGUGAGAACUGAACCAAGGUUGAAACGAACGUCUGCACGUCUAUCUGUAUUUGCAUCUUUAAAAAAAUCUGAAAAAAAAAAAUGUUGGGGAAAUUGCCUCUUUGAAAAACUGUGGUUAUAUAAAAAACACAAAAAAACCCUAAGAAAGAAAACUAAUUAUGAUAAACAAGUGUUUCCACAAGUGAACCAGUCUUGUGAAAGGAAUUUGUUGUUGAUGUCAACUUCCAGAUUGUAAGUUGUACAGUGUCAAAUAAACAAGUGUGUGCAAUGUGUAAAUAACAGCAUGUUGAUUACUAGUUUUGCUAUAUGACAGAAAUAAAAGCAACUAUUUUAUUAAA